GUAGACCUCUCAUAUAUCAUGAAUAACUUUGUUCAGCGCUUCUUGACAUCUAGCACCACGGACGAAUUUUACAGCGGAAGAGGUAUCGUUGUCGACGACGACGAGUUCUCUGAUGCUACGUGGGGGUCACAGGCUGGCUUUGGUAACAUUGCGAAGGGAGUGCCCGCCUUCGCCUUCCCUGCUGUUCAAGAUCCUGCCGCAUUCUUGAGAUUACAUACAGAUGACCACGAUGAUCCGAAUUGUAAGAUCAAGAUUCAGCACGGUACGACAACCUUAGCCUUCAAGUUCAAAGGCGGGGUCAUCGUCGCCGUUGACUCUAGAUCGAGUGCAGGAAGCUACAUAGGCUCUGGAACAGUAAAGAAAGUCAUCGAGAUUAACCCUUAUUUACUUGGUACCAUGGCGGGGGGCGCCGCCGACUGUCAGUAUUGGGAGAUGUACCUAGGAAUGCACUGCAGGCUGCACGAACUCCGCAAUCGAGAGCGUAUCUCUGUCGCAGCUGCCAGUAAAUACCUCAGUAAUCUUGUUUACAGCUACAAAGGGACCGGUUUGAGUAUGGGUACGAUGAUUUGCGGCUGGGACAAAACGGGCCCUGCGCUGUAUUAUGUCGACGCGGAUGGCACCCGCCUUAAAGGAGACUUAUUCUCAGUAGGGUCUGGAAGCACAUUCGCCUACGGCGUUUUGGAUCAAGGAUACAAGUGGGGUCUCACAGAUGAAGAAGCACAGGAGCUAGGACGAAGAAGUAUCUACGCCGCCGGCCAUCGCGAUGCUUUCACCGGAAACUCCUGCAACCUGUAUCAUGUGAAGGAAGAAGGAUGGUGUUUUAUUGGGAAUUACGAUCUAUCGCAGCUGCACUACGAAGGGCCGGGGAAUGUUGCUGGUUCGCCUGGACAUGGCUACGGCUAUGACGUACGAGUGGAGGGAAGUAGUUCCAGCAACCCACCCGCUGAGUAUACAACAACAGAUGCGGGCGCUUCGUGAAAGAAAAGCAGAACGUUUAUUAUUGCCUUGUUAGCUAGGGGGGAAGUCUCUCAAACCUCCGCUCGUUCGUUAGUUUGAUGAUAACAGAAAUUCAACAAAGUUCCCAGGAAGCAGGAU